AUGCAUUCCCAUUCUCUUUCUUUCCUUCUCUCCUUCCCUUCUAAGACCCUAUCAAACAAACAAACAAACAAAACAAACAACACAAAACAAAACUACUUAACAACACAACAUAAUAUUAUGAGAGCUCUAGCGUACUUCGGCAAGAAUGAUAUCAAAUUCACAAACGACCUCCCAGAACCAACCAUUUCUGCUCCCGAUGAAAUGAUCAUCGACGUCUCCUGGUGUGGUAUCUGCGGGACCGAUCUUCACGAAUUCCAAGACGGCCCCAUCUUUUUCCCUCACGACGGCUGCUGCCAUGAAAUCUCCGGGGAAGGUUUACCUCAAGCCAUGGGUCAUGAAAUCGCUGGUACCAUUAUUGAAUGUGGGCCGGGCGUCACCAAAUUUAAAGUGGGCGACAGAGUCGUGGUGGAACCCACGGGUACUUGUAAGGAUAGGUACCGUUGGCCCAAUUCCCCCAAUGUGGACAAAGAACCUUGUGCCGCAUGUAAGAAGGGUCUAUAUAACAUUUGUUCAAAUUUGGGACUCGUUGGUGCAGGUGUGCAAUCCGGUGGGUUUGCUGAAAGAUUGGUCAUGAAUGAAAGACAAUGUUAUAAAGUUCCAGAUCAUAUGUCCAUGGAUGUAGCUGCUUUGAUUCAACCUAUUGCCGUGUCAUGGCAUGCGGUUCGUGUUUCCAAAUUUAAGAAGGGUGCAUCGGUACUUAUUGUUGGUGCAGGACCCAUUGGUUUGGGAACUAUUUUGGCUUUGAAUGGUCAUGGUGUGAGUGAAGUGGUGGUUUCUGAACCUGCUAAGAUUAGAAGAGAUUUCGCUGAGAAGAUGGGUGCUAUUGUUUAUGACCCUUCCGCUAAGGACCAUGAUGAAUCCAUUAAAUAUUUGAGAUCCAUUGCCCCAGGUGGUGAUGGGUUCGACUAUGCAUUUGAUUGUUCUGGGAAUCCAGCUACUUUGAAAGCCGCUAUUGAGUGUCUGACAUUUAGAGGUACUGCUGUCAAUGUGGCCAUUUGGGGUAAUAAGCCUGUUAAUUUCUUACCAAUGGAUUUAACUUACCAAGAAAAGAGUUAUACUGGUUCCAUGUGUUACACUUUCCACGAUUUUGAAGCUGUCAUUAACGCAUUCGAAAAAAAAUUAAUUGACGUGGAAAAGGCAAGACAUAUGAUCACGGGUAAAGUACCGAUUGAAAAUGGUGUUAAGGACGCUAUCUUAAGGUUGAUUACACAUAAGGAACAAACUAUUAAGAUCAUUCUAACUCCAAAUAAUCAUGGUGAAUUGGGUGAAGAACCAGAACAGAAAAAAAAAAGGUCAUUUAAGGGCAAAACUUUAAAAUGA